AUGAGACCUUUAUCUACACAAGCUAAGGAACUUAAACUUGCCCAUUUAACAAUUAUAGAUGAUACAAGUAUGAUGACAAAACAUGCUUUACGCUGUAUAGAUGCCUUACUUAGGGAAAUUAUGCAAAUAAAUACCCCCUUCGGUGGCAAAGUUAUUUUAUUAGGAGGAAAUUUUUGGCAAACUUUACCAGUUAUACCUAGGGCUUCUAAAACACAUAUUAUCGAAUCAUGUAUUAAAUCUUCAAAUUUAUGGCAUGUUUUCCACCAAAUUCAAUUGACCCAUAAUAUGCGCUCUCUUUCUGAGGAGGAAAGUUAUAUUAAAUGGCUUCUACAAAUAGGUGAAGGGAAAACACCUCUAUUACCUUCCCCCCUUCCUUCCGACUAUAUAGAAAUUCCCCUAUCUAUGCUUGGAGAUUCUCUAAUAUCAUCCAUAUAUGGUGAUUCCCUUUUACUUAAUAAUAUUGAUUAUUUAUCUAGCCGCAUAAUUCUAACUACAAAAAACGAUAUUGCAUUAACAUUAAAUAACACUAUCAUAUCAAAACUUCCAUCCUCUUUAAGACUUUACUAUAGUUCUGAUUCAUUGGUUUCCGAUCACACAGAUGAAUCUCUCAACUAUCCACCUGAAUUUCUACAUUCCCUAACACCUUCUGGAAUGCCACCUCACAUACUAUCCUUAAAAGUUGGUACAAUUAUUAUUCUUCUUCGCAAUAUGAAUCCCACAAAAGGUUUAUGUAAUGGCACCCGGUUAAUAAUCAAAAGUAUGCAUAAUUAUUUUUUGGACGCCGAAAUAAUUACAGGCACCAAUAAAGGUUACAGGGUCUUAAUUCCUCGCAUUGAUUUAACUCCGAGUGAAUCACAAUUAUCUUUUAUUUUAAAACGUCGCCAAUUUCCAAUUCUUCCUGCAUUUGUUAUCACAAUAAAUAAAAGCCAGGGCCAAACCUUUGAUCAUGUAGGAUUAUAUUUUAAUGAACCCGUAUUUUCACACGGACAACUUUACGUUGCCUUAAGUCGUUGCUCUAAAAAAAAUAUAAAAAUUAUGAUUGUUCCCACGCUUUUGCAAGGACAUAUGCUUUCAAAUGAAAAAAUAUAUACUAAAAAUAUUGUGUAUACCUGUAUUUUAUAA